AUGCGCAAAGAGUCCAUUGCGCUGCUCUACUGGAUGCUGGCACGUGAGGUUCUGUACCUGCGGGGCCGCGUGCCACGCAACGCACCAUGGGACGUGAUGGUGGACUCCUUCUUUUGGCGCGACCCCGAAGAGAUCAUGCAGCAGGAGGAGGUGCAGCAAGAGUGGGCCCAGCCGGCCCCGCCAGGGCCCGCCGCAUGGGACGGCGCCGGACAAGGCGGCAACUGGGACGACAUCACCCAGGCGGCCCAGGGCGAUGGCGCCUGGGACGCGCCGGCGGCGGACGACUGGAGCGCGCCGGCGGCCGGGGCGGCGGCAGCGGCCACUGGCGGGUGGUGA